CAAUAACACUGAGCGAACUUCCGUUCAGUUCCGAAAAGAACCAGCUUUUAUUCUGUAAACGUGACCGGAAGUUGUUUUGUUGAUCCGGCUACAUGCUAGCUGGACUCAUGCUAGCCCUGGGCAGGUAGUCGUCGUGGACAAGAGUCCGCAGGCUCGUCAACCAUGUGAACAGGUCCAGAGCAUCAUGGGUCGGAGCAGGUCGAUGUCCCUCGGUGUUCCGGCGGUGGUCUUGUGCCUCGCCGCCUUGCUUUUCAGCAAUGCCCUGAUCUACCUGUAUCUGGACUCGCUGUAUCACACAGGUGAGCAGCUGCCGUCCUCUCAAGGAGGCUGUUCGCCUCAACACUUCAAGAUGGUGACCAUGAAGAACUGCACCCCUUGGCUCCAGUGUUCACAGAUCAGAGCAGAAGUGCGCAAGCUGAAACUUGUCGGCCAGGGAGCCGUUAAGAAGGUCUACCUGUCCGAGUGGAGGGCUCAGAAGGUGGCCCUGUCCAAACUAUCCUCUCCAGAUUACCUGGAGGAUUUUCUCCACGGACUGUCCAUGUUGCAGGCCCUGCAGGGCCACCAGGUGGUGCAGUUGGUUGGGUUUUGCCUUGAAGACCACACCCUGGUCACAGAACACCACCCGCUGGGGUCACUGCUCAACUUGGACAGUGUUCUCGCACAAGAGCAGCACCAGCGACACAACACGUGGCAGACGCGGCUGAGGCUGGCCACGGACUACGUGUCCGUCCUCCACUACCUACAUGACAGCCCGGCCGGGCGGCGGGUCAUGUGUGACUCCAACAGCCUGGAGAAGACGCUCUCCCAGUUCCUGCUGACGAGUGACUUUCACCUGGUUGUAAACGACCUGGACGCGCUGCCCGAGGUCGACCCAUCCCGAGGCUCGUCUGUGAAAUGUGGCCACCGAGAGCUCACCGGUGACUUCGUGGCCCCCGAGCAGCUGUGGCCGUACGCAAACGACGGGAGGCCAUUUGAGGACGACCUCAUGCCCGGGUACGACGAGAAGACGGACAUCUGGAAGAUACCGGACGUGACGUGGUUCCUGAUGGGUCGCGUUCCCGGAGGGGAUUUAGUCCACUUCCAUCUCUUUCAGAUCCACGAGGAGUGUAAGAAAGAAGACCCCAAACUCCGGCCCUCGGCUCUGGAUGUUUUGAAAGUGUACAGAUCGGUCUACAGCAGCAUGGUACGAGAAGGUGCUGGACUCAGAGACAUGCUGUAGAACAAUGACUCACUGGAAAUCAGAUGCCGUCCUGUGAUGGACUCACAUCAGCUCGUCGCCCAUCGAUGAGAGACUUUUGACCUUUAAGUACUUGUAUGUACACUUGUCUUCGCUGGUAAAGAUCAUCAACCUACAGGCAAACUACUGUUUUACAGUUUGUCGCAGUUUGAAUAAAAAACGGUUUCGUGUUA